AUGGUUAACAAGGUGACAUUUGCUGAAAAUCUUAAUAGCAUGUCAGCAAUAUCAGUUGGUCCAUCAUUUCCGGAACCAGUUCGGGCUGGUUUUCCAGCAAUUUUGGGCGAAUUUCCGUACCAGGUUUCUUUACAAGCCUACCACGACGAUGAGUCCUGGAACCAUUGUUCUGGUUCAAUUUUGACCAACCUUCUAAUUCUCACGACGGCCAGUUGUGUCGUACAUUCGAGUCCGGAGGAAUCGUACAUCGAAGCAGGACUGGUACGGACGGAGGACCUGCGUGUCGAUAUGAUCCGCGGAGUCUUGAAAAUUUUGACGCACAAAGAAUUCAACGUGGGAGGAAGGUUGGAGAACGAUAUGGCGAUUUUGGUGUUGACUUCGCCCUUAGAAUUCUAUGACUAUGUACAUAGAAUCAAUUCCGAGACAUAUGGGGACGGAGGAAAUAUCGGAACACCCGCUAUUGUGGCUGGAUGGGGAAAACCAUUUAUGCCUCAGGAGAACCGACAUUUGUUCAAAACAAACGUGUCCGUGGCCUCUUGCAAUACUGCGGAUUCAGAAAUCUUACCCAAAACAAUGAUCUGUGCAGGUCACAAAAAAUUCGGGGCCUGUCACGCAGAUUCGGGAGCUUCCCUUAUCCUCGACGCUGACAAAGUAGGUGGGGUCAUCAUCGGGGUUUUUUCAUAUGGUCUCGAGUGCAAAGAAGGUGGUAGAAGGCUAGGCGUGUACACGAAUGUGGCCCAUUUUACGGAUUUUAUUGAAAAUGCGAUGGAACGAUAUAAGUGA